GCGGAGUGUAGUAUCUCAGCUUAUAACAGAGAAAAUGAAGACUAAUUGGAAAACGUUGGAACUGUAAAUUCGUUGCCAAAUUUCGAUCUCCUAGUUUUGGUGUGCACAUGUCGCACCUAAAGAUACGAUCAGUAGUCAACGAAACCUAAGGAUUCACAUCCAAUCGUCCCGGAGAGCGUCUUCAAUCGUGGCGACAAAAAACUGCUGUACUGUAAGUAUAUACCACAGUCGCGAUUAUGCUUUCAGUAUUUAUUAAAAGAGAGCCGGGUCCACAUGCGCUCAACAGCAGCAGCAGCAACAACACCUUCAAUGAAGCUCGGACGGAGGUCGAACUGAGUUUCACACAACAGCCGCGCCGUUGUCUCAUAUCGUCGCCUUCUUCGUUCGUCACUGACUCUUACUGAGUGAGCUAUCGGGGUUCGCCGCUUGGCAGAACCAGUGCGGAGCUUUAUUUGGAUAGGCGCAAUUGGUGAAAGAAGUCGCGUGCGAUCCGCGCCAUCAUUUUAGACACUUUUUGCGCUUCUUCGGUGUGUGACAGUGCACAGUUCUUGACGCACGUCAACUGACCGACGAGAGCUGCUGAGAGUUUUUUACGGCCCAACCGCCAGUCCGCCCGCCAUUAGAAUAUCUGUGUUUUGUGUACUUAGCCUUAGCCUUAAAGUGUGCAUUAACUAGAGAACCGGGCGUUAUAAAACGUAUCUACAACCGUCGGGCUGGUUUUAAUUUAUAAUCGUGCGUUGCCAAAGAAGAGGCAGGUGUCAAAUCCAGGCGAUAGUGGUGUGCGAGGUGCUAGAAACUCAAAUUAGGUUCGAAAAUGGAUUACCUCCAGCAGAUGAACCUAACGGACUUUACGUUGUAUGACCUGAUCAAUGUUAAAGGAGUAGAGGACACUAUCGACAAAUACCCACUGAUGGCUUCACCGGUACCGAGCUCCAUACUAAUCGCGAUCUAUCUGUAUGUUAUCUACAAAUGGGGUCCGAGCUAUAUGGAGAAUCGCAAGCCGUUCAAUUUAAAGCUGAUCAUAGCUGCCUAUAAUAUCUUCCAAGUGAUGGCGUGUUCUUAUUUGGUGUUGAACUACAUUAAGGUUGGAUUUAAAUUCAGCUUCAUCGGAAGAUGCACGCCAAAACUGCCAGUCGAGGAAUACGAAUACGGUUACGAUGCGGUGUAUUAUGGCUGGCUGGCGAUGUGCCUCCGGAUGGUGGAGUUUGUCGAGACCAUCUUCUUUGUUCUCCGAAAGAAGCAGAAUCAGGUGUCGGCGCUGCACGUCUAUCAUCACAUCAGCACCUUCCUGAUCGUGUGGUGGAGUCUUAAGCUCAGUUUGUCCUAUCAGGAAAUGUCCAUUAUGGUGCUCAACUCGAUCGUGCAUAUCAUCAUGUACUCGUACUAUUUGCUGUCCUCGUACAAGGUGUUCCAUCCGCUGACGCGACGUGUGAAACCGGCCAUCACCAUCAUCCAGCUGGCCCAGCUAGUGACGAUGCUGGUCCACGUGUACGCCGCCCUACAGCCAACCUGCGCCGCCAACAAGUUCAUUUACAAACUGCACGCCGUCAAUCUCGUCAUCCUGAUCAGUCUGUUCAGCAACUUCUACAUACAGACCUACAUCAAGAAGAGCCGCAAAGUCAAACAAAGCUAACAACCGACACGGGGCCUCCUCUAUCUCUCUCUGUAAUGCGUUGCUGUACCACUUUGUACAUUGGAUAGGUGUUUAUCUAUUGGUCAUUCUGUUUUCCCCCACGAAUGACCCAAUAUGAGAAAAAAGUGAAACUUACAAGUCAAUAUUUGAACUUUAACCAGCGCGCUCCACUCUGAUGUAAUUACCGUGCAUCACCGUACAAGGAGAGAACUACACUGAUUUCUGUCGCGACUUGUCUGAGUUUUACUUGAAAUAACGCUUCCCAACGUUAAAAGUAACAAAGUGUGAUACCAUGUUGUAACAAUCAAAAAGUUUAAUUUAGAGCUUUAGGUAUGUAGUAGUUGUUAAUAAAGAAAAAAAAAGUUGCUGCCAUAUUCAGUGGUUAGGAUAAUGCAGUGAGACAAUGUAAUCCACCGA